CUUUUUCCUCCCUCCAUCUAUUCCCACUGGAUUCCAGCGCGCGGGUAAGAUGUCUAUCUAGCUUAUAUUUUGUCAUCUUCAUAAUCAGUCUGUUUGAGCCCGAUCUGUUUGUUUCCGCAUUUGGCUUCGAACUUCACCAUCUUCUCGUUCACCAAGAUUAUGUGCCCGACCCUCACACUUUUGUCGGCCUGCGAGUUCCGAGCCGGAAUGCAAAUGCUAAGGGUCGUCAACUUUUCGACAUCUAUCAUGAUAACUGCUUGUUAGCCGUUUUUUACUUACUUUCAUAUGAUAAUGGCACUCACCUGGGUCAUUCAAUUUUAUUCCCUGGGGUUGGACUCUUGGAUUUGUACAACACCAAAUCGCCAACUGUGUCUCUCAGCUGUCUACCCUUUCGCAUCACGAUGUACCCGUGGAUCCAUUUCACCUUGUCUUUGACGCUUUCGCCCUGCAGCAUCCGUUAGCGUGUCCAGUUUUCAUUCUGAGACAAUCAUUCUUGCAGUAUGGGAAGUUCAUUGGUACCCGUUUAAUGAACCAUUCAACAUAUCCUUUAACUCGCUCUCCCCUGCUAGGACAUUUGUAUUGAUCUUCCUCGUUAUCACGUUUGGAAUCAAAAGCUCUAUGCACGCCGAUGCCAUAGGACCAUCUACUUUUGCGGCUCUCCACUAUCGAUUGUCCCAAAGCGUGGAGUGCCGCUCCUUUUGCAAUGGCCGGCCAAGCUUCGUCUGGUACAAUUACAUCGACUUUCUUGUCCAGUUUGUUCUGGCAGAAUUCUUUAAACUGCUCCUGAACGUAUUGGGAGUCGGCCAUGCCGCCGCAAAGUAUUAUUAACUGAGAAGUUCACCUGUCAAUGAAAUUGCACUCUUACCAACCAUUUUAGGAGCACCUACGUUCACGGGAUUAUCAUUAUUUUUUCGAGCCAUUUCGAUUUGUUCGGAGACCAUAUCGAAGGCGCGGCUUAUGACCUUGUCAAAAAUUUGCGCAAGUUCCUCACUGCGGAUAAUGGAUUUAAUAAUUGAGACAUUCGUGUUAGGAUAUGCGAGAUGGAACGAACCUAGUGAUUUUUACUUGUCCCAAUUCGUAGACGUACCCGGCAGCAUCAUUAAUGUUCAUAACAAGACGGAUCAGGUGCUCUUUUAUGUGUUCGUCGCCGUGGCCUGUGAAGCUCCUCUUGAUUAUUUCGAUGUCCGCCAUAAACUCGCUACCAUGACCUAUUUCUUUGGCAGGGAGGUUGGAAAAUGCAGAUCCGUAUUUUAUUCCCAUGAGUCGAUGCAGUUCGCGAUCAAUCAUGGUAGCCCCACACUUUGCGCCUAUGUUGUUUCUUAUCAGAUAUAACGGCAUAGAUGCUCACGCCCGGAGGGCACUUACUAGUUCCUGUACAGGCCUCUCCUACUUCGAGGGGAUUUGUCCGAACAAUUUUGUAGGUUAUGAUAUCCUAACGAUUGCUUGUCAACUUUGCCGUAAGAACUUGAGGCCGAUGCACUUACGAUCGUUCCCCCGCCGAUAUCAACCACCACAACAUUGUUGUUUACCUGGGAGGGCGAAAAUGCCAAUGAUUAACGUCUUUCGAACCGACUGCUUGGAGUUAUAAUUGAUAAGGUUGCGAAUGCAGGCUCUUGAUCCUACCUUGAAAAUUGAACUGUGUUUCUUCCCCAGGCUGGUUUCGAAUGCAGCGAGAGCAGCGGCUUCCGGUUCGUCGAUCGUUAAGAUUGAGUCGUUCUCUCCGGUUGCAAUGCCUGCACGGUGUGCGGCUUCACAUAAGGUUGUUUUAUACUUCUUAUCCCAGUCCGCUGGGAUUGUCAAUACCGCCUUUACUGGUAGCAUAUCCACAAUUGACUGCCCAUAUAUCGUGCUAAGCCUCCCCAUGACGUGCUUAUAAAGGCGUCGAAGAUAUUCUUCGCACAGAAUCUCUGGAGUUUCCCCGUCCGGGAUUCUCAAUAAGCUAGGGCCCACACUCUGGGAUAGAAGGGGGUCAUCAUUUUUAGAUAAUGUGUUGUCCGGAGCCAUGUGCAGCUUGAACCAUGAUGAGCAGUGCGUUGUGGAUGAUAGGGCAUAACCCCAUCCCCUAUAGUUCGAGUUUUCUGAUUUGUCGUCGAUCAUCGUGGGGACCUUAUAUCUGACCUCUACAUUCCCUGGCCAGGCUGAAAUGAUAUAGAUUUUCUCACGAUCAAACUCGGAAUGCGCAACAGCAACGCCUGCAAUCGGAUCAGAAUGUCAUCAUUUAUUUCUUCCGAUAUCCAUACCUGAAUAUGUGGUACCAAAAUCAAUACCAACGAUUAGAUGGGCAGUUGCGGUACUAUCUUUGCUUUUCUUUGCUGGUGAACCGAGCUCGGACUCGUCUUCUACUUCCCCUAUGGCGGAAUCCAUCAGCCUACUUCGAGGCAUGCUUGGCUUGACUUACUUUUGAUUGUCUCUCGUUUUCUGACCACCCCAUUUGGAAUACCGCUACUAGCUCUUGGCUUCGACUUCGGGGUCUGGACGGGUUUUGGGGAGUCUGGAAAUCAUAUCAGUCUCGGCAUUAUAUUCGAUCCUCUGUAUAUUGGCCAACUACCGUCAAGCCCAAAUUGGAGAAUAGGCAUCUUUUCUGUUCCACCUGUUCUUUGCGUUUGGAUGUUGAUUGAGAGUCUAGGGUUUAGUUGAGCGAUGCCGCUUCCAUUCGUGUCCGAGGAGCUCCUCGAUGAUUUACCUGAUCGAGCAGGGCAUCAUGGCCAUUUGGACACUCAGCUAGCCUCACGUUUUGAGGAACCCACUCAGUAGUAGAUUUUAUUUAAUUUCAGGGAUUAUUAUUCAUAAACAAUGAAGCAAUCUUUCCUUUCUCCUCUUUUCAUUUAAUUGCCCUCAGUCAUGCGAAACUAUUCAGCAUUAGCAAAUUAUUUCUGUCUCACUUUUUGUGUUGUUGUUUGGCGUCAGUGUCGAUUGACUUCCAUCCUGUUGCCUGGUGGCAACUACUUCAGUUUCGUUAUUCACCUUCAAGCUAAAGCAAGAUAUCGAUGUGUUACUCUCCAUUCUCGACAUCGGUUGUAUCCAUAUACCUUCGAGCCUUGAAAAAUUAACCUGUGGUCUCUUACCGCCGCACUUCUACGACAACAAUUUCAACAUGUGUUCUGAGGACGCCGGAUCUGUGCAGGGCGAUCAAAGUCAGAGUGGACCAGCAGAACGUCUCGAAUCAGGGGAGCAAGGUCAAACGAGCACUAGCAGUUUCAAGAGGCCAUCUGAGAACGAUCUCCAAGAUGGUCGUACGAACAAGAAACACAAAUCCAACUACAACCCCAAAACAAAGGCUAUGCUACAGAGUGAGCUUGACCAAGCAAAGAAAUCGAUUAAAGCUCUGAAUACCAAAUGUUCCCGGCUCAAACGAGAGAACAAUACCUUGAAGGACCAGAAUAUGGAACUCCAAACCUCGAUGAUGGAGUUGCGUGAAGAACACAAUUUACCGAAGAUGGACGAUAGUGAUGUCCGCAAUCGACUUCAGAACCUCAUGAAUCUCUACCGUGACUGGGCACGAGAGUAUUCCCCGGAGGAGCCAGUUGAUUUCGAUUCAUUGCCCUCUGAUAUGCCGCGUUCUUUACACGAGAGUCUGUUCAUGCACACGACAUGUUCUGGAAACCUGAAAGCCCUCAGCAAAUUUACUUAUGGGAAAUUCAUUUUUCUAAAUACGUUUUUGGCGCACUUUGUCUGCUGGUUUAUAGUGGAAAAUCCAAUAUUCUUUCUGAACCGAGAAUUUCAGGAACAGAAAAAAUGUCCGUCUCGACAAUUUCUCAACGAGCUAAUGGAGUGUGUACCCAGACACAAGAAAGAUGCAUGGAUUGGGUGGACUUUGCGUACGUUGGAACCCAAACUGCAAGGACAUGGUGGCAACAGCCGUAUUGUUGAGUAUAAUGGGAUUCUCAGUCGCACGACCACUUUCUACGAGAAAUCUGCCCGAAGCUUUAUCGAUAUGACGGCUGUUCUACUUAAGCCUUUAACUGAAGGAGCAGUGGCCAAUCGCCUUCGGAGCUUGGUACACGUUAUGGCCACUACCGGGACUAUGGUAUUGAGGCUCAGGCAGCAAAAUUACGACGUCAAAUAUCUCACUUCCGAUGCUGGUCUUCUGCAGGGUAAAACUUUCAGUCGCACAUCUGAAACUAUGGAACCACACCCUGCCUUACGACUAAAACAAGAUGACAAGAGCCUCGAUGGUUCAGUGAUAGAUUUCACUAUCCAGCCUGCAAUUUUUGCAUCUUGGUUCGACGGACCCGGAGAAGAGGAACGAGUAAAAUUCUGGACUAAGGCUAUUGUCUGGGCUGGUGGAUGUGAACAAAUUGGCAUUAAGAAAAGGGGUGGCAUUAGCUGUCAAGAAAACCGCACUGAAUCCUCCCAACCUGAAUUUUCCAUACUGUCGCCAUCUGAAACGAGUUCUUUGGAACUGCUAUCAGCAGUUGAAAUUCCUGCCGCGAGUACAUCUCACGAAGCGCAAACGAAAUAUUCGCCCAUGAAUUCCUCAGAAAUAUCCACUAGGCCAAUGGAUCAUAUGGCGAGCGAGGCGAAGGAUACGCGCCUAAUUGUUAAUACAGCACUUAACCCAGCCCCAACUGAUGCGGAGAGAGAUGGACCAGCCCUUCUAAGCCAAACUCUCAACGCGACAGAGGAUGCUGAAUCUGGUGAUGAGUCUUGUGAAGACUUUGUCAUACAAGACAGUUAACCGGAAUGGAAUAAGGGAGUUAGUGCUCUAAUUUCGAAAUUAGGACGAGAAUAAUAAUAGCAUCCCAUGUCCUGUUCUGUAUUCAUCGUUUGGGAGGGCCGUGGAUUUUUUACAGGACCUCUUCGAGAUGAUAUCUCCUCAAACUCCCCAUCCCCUACUUGAAUGGAAGACUCGCCAGAUCCCAAGCUUUGCCCAGACACCCUAGACAGCUCGCAAACCAAACUGCUUCUUGUUUCACUUACAAAUUCCCAAAAGUUCAACCGUCAAGCGAGAGAGUCCUUGCGCAAUAGCGAUGGAAAUAUAGGCAACCACCAAGUGUCUAUCCAUAAUUUCAUCUUUUCAGAGGAAUAUGGGACUGAAACUAUCGUGGACAGAUGGCAGUAAAUUUGAUGGAAUAAGAUUUGAAUUUCUCUUUGUUUCAUGUGGUUUCUUGUUUUUUCCAAUUUCCAAUUUCUUUAUUUUUUACCCUCAUUCGUCCCCAUUAUCAGUUUUGAGGUCUUUGUGUGCGCACGUUUGAUCUGAAUCUAAGCACCAUGGUUCUAUUUUCAACAUGACCUAUUUGAUUCCCCCCUGUUUAGCAGGCUGCUAGUGAGAUGAAGUGCUUCCGCGGAACUGCUAACUUGUUUGUAUGGACGAAAUUUGUCAAGUGCGUUGCAUCCAUGAAUUCCUAGGACCACAGAAAGGAGUGGCCAAGUUUUUUUCAAAGAGUUCUUGGACUCUUAUUUUGUGUGUGAUUUCCAAUUUCUUUCUUUCUUUCUUUCUUUUUCUUUUCUUUUCUUUUCUUUUUUUCCCCGGAUUUGGGGCUCCCUUUCUGUUUUACUCCUCUCCCUAUUUGCAUUCACUAACUGCCCCAAAUAAAACAUGGCCCUACCCAUCAUUUUGUCUUUCCUCUAAUAUAUUGCACCAUGCAAGUGUUGUUGCUGUAUCUUCUUCUAUUGCAACCUGCGCAUUACAUCUAUUUUUUAAGAGGCCUGAUAUUUCCUCCAUGUUGGCUUCAUAAACUUGAUUCACUCAAGUUAUGUGGAAUGGGAUGUGUCCUCUACAAAGUAUUUCUCCUCACAGCCUGUCAAGUUUUGGAGGAUGUUUGACAGCUUGCAGCUUUGAUAUAUUUAGUUUUCGCAAUUAGCAAUCAUGAAUUGUUUUCAAAUAUAAACUGUCCCAGUUCUGUG